AUGAAGAUUGUUCCUGUCUCAGAAGCUGAUGUUGAGGCCAUGAAACACUGUCUGCCCAACCGUGGUUGUAAAACUGAUGGCCCAGCAGCCAUGACUUCACCGGAGCCCCCCCAACGCCGCCUCCUGCUGCAUGGACCUGUGAAGCUGGCCAGUAAUAACCAGGUCAAGAAGCGUCAUGCCUUUCUGUACAGUGAUGUGCUGCUCAUUACAAACAACAAGUACAAAAAGCAGUUCAAAAUCAAACUCCGGGUUCCAAUAAACAACAUAUGGCUUGCUAAAAAUACUGUGGAGCAUGGUGACAGUCCUGAAUUAAAAUCACUGAAGUUGGGAUGGCCUUUGCAAAAUUUUACGGCUAAGUUCUCGUCUGUGGAACUGAAGGAUAAAUGGCAUCGCUUUCUGGAAAGAUCAAUCACCCAAAGCCAGAAGAUGGAUGGAUUGCAGAAUACUCUGGUUAAAAUCACUACCAGUAAUAUUAAUAAUUCUUCCAGUUCUGCCAUUUUAGCAGCUCAUAAUUUAGACACCACCAGGGAUGUUAUCAACAUGGCAUUGCCAGGGCUAGGAUUAACUGGCUCAGAAAAAGAUUACCAGCUGUGGGUCCAUUAUGGCAAGACCGAGGCCCCAUUCCCACUCAUGGGCCAUGAAAAUCCGUACACAAUUCAGGAGCACUAUUAUCGAACUUCCAUCCGUCAGUCCGCACCAGGGAAGCCCACCUCUCCCCAUAUCCUUCUGGAGUCCAUCCCAGAGAUCUUAGCUAAUGGAAAACUGCAGUUUAUCCUGACAUGCCGGGGCAAGCCAAGACCCCAGCGUAGAGGUGGAGAUGCUUCACUUUUUAAGGCAAAAUGGGCCAUCGACAAAGGGUAUUUUUCAAAACAUUGA